CAGUUCGGUGUGAGAGGCGUGACGUUCCUUUCGCCUGUCAUCUCGGCCUACGGCUUAUCAUCCGCAAUGACGAGAUGGCACGGUACUGGGUGCAACCCCACUCCCUUGUGUGAGGCACAUGGGGAACUGCAGGACUUCGGCGACAGAUAUCCUGUGCUAUUUACGAAGCUCUUCGCAAGCCAGAAGUACUAUUCGAUCAUCUAACAACAGAAUUUCACCAUGUCGAGCCUACUAGCAGUACCAAGCGUCGAUAUUCAGUUCGUGCCCGUGAAAGCUGGUGAAGUAUUGAAACUCGGACCCAUCACCUGUCGUAUCAUCGAAGAUGGCUCGAACACAGACAAUCGUAUCGGAGUAGCCGAAUUGAUCUUGCCGCCCAAGACACCAGGUCCUCCACCCCACUGGCACGAAAUGCACGACGAGACCUUCUACAUCACGCAAGGCACCGUCCGCUUCCACGUCCCAGACACCUCAGAGGAAGGCAAAGACAAGAAAAUCAUCGAUGCCAAAGUUGGCGACUUCAUUGUCGCCCCGAUUCGUGCUCCCCAUACUUUCAGCAAUCCUAGCAAUGAGGAAGCACGGAUUUACUUCACAUCAACACCCUCGUUUUAUAUCAACUACUUCAAGUUACUGUCCUCAAUUGCGAAGCCGGAUCAACCUGUACCUGCUGAAGUCAAUGUACAGGCGAUGGCGAUGUUUGCAUCCAUCUUGGCUGAUAGGAAACCUCGAAUGCCUGAGUGAUCUCUACUUCGUGAGCGCGAUGAAUCAACCGUCACGUAUGAAAAAGCAGAGGCUUAGUAUAAUCACAAUUUAACGAUUGCGAGAUUCAACAGCGUUAUGAGC